GUGCGGUUGCUCGACUGUUCUGUUUUUAAAGGACAGAAUUGUUGCUCUGGUGGUCACAGCAUCACGGCCGUGUACUUUGAAGACAACAUGAGUUUUGAUUUGUGUGGAGCUGUAGGAAAAGAUGAGGUGAAGAAGGAUGAUGCCUCUGGCCAGGAACAGAAAUCCCUCUUUGGAUUGGGGAAGAAGGACAAAGAUGGGGACAAGAGUGCAUCCAAGGACAAAGACAAAUCUAAGGACCAUAAGAAGGACAAAGACAAGUCUAAGGAACAUAAGGACAAGAAACAUGGUGACAAGGAGCAUAAGAAGAAGGACAAGAAGCACAAGGACAAAGAUGAUGGGUCAUCUUCGUCCAGCAGCGAUGAGGAUAAAGGCAAGAAGAAGCAUCACUGAUUCUGGUGCUGUGAGGAAGUGCUACUGCCAGUUAACUCUCAUGUCAAUGUUUCGUGCUGCAGUGUUGAUGCAUGAUAUUUACUGUGUACUGUUUCCUUGUUGUUCCUGAACAUGUUUUGAUGUGCCAGACUGUAAAGUAGGGGUUUUACAACAGAACAUUAAAUAACACAACCACCAGGAUAUAUGGUGAAUGUCA